UAAAACAGCCCGGCGAGGCGCGGAGCCCCGCACUCGGGAGCCCCGACCCACGGGCGGAAGCGUCUCGCUGAGGGGAGAGCCGCGCCGCUGCAGCCGCCGCCAUGCAGGGCACCGUGAGGCUGUGGGUGUCGGUGCUGACUUUCGCCCUGUCGCUGCUGGUCUGCCUGGGGACGCUGGCAGAGGCGUACCCCUCCAAACCGGACAGCCCCGGCGAGGACGCCCCCGCAGAGGACAUGGCCAGAUACUACUCGGCGCUGAGGCACUACAUCAACCUCAUCACCAGGCAGAGAUAUGGGAAGAGAUCAAGCCCAGAGACACUGAUCUCAGACCUCUUGUUGAGGGAAAGCACAGAAAAUAUUCCUAGAUCCAGGUUUGAAGACCCUUCGAUGUGGUGAUGGGAUUUUCAGCACACCAUCAAAACUUUUCCUAGUUUUCAGUUCAUACUCCACGCCUCUGAAGCAAAUCAUAGCGUCACUCCCAGUGCAUGCAGCCAUUGUACUGAAUUCUGUAGAGUUUUUCCUUCAUCAUAUUUGUAUAUACCUUUAUUUAAAUAAAUUAUUUGUGCAUUCCAAAAUGUAACAUACUAAAUGAAAACAAGCAACCCUGUCAUUGGUAUAGCAAAGAGUUGUUUUAAAUUAUUAAAACUGAAUUAUAACCUCCCUACUGUCUAAAGUAGUAUGGACAACAAUAGUGUCACAGUCAUUACAGUAAUUAGUGUGCAAUGUAAGAUAAAGACAUCUUUUAUCGUAGCCUCAAACUCAGCUCAGCUGCUUGAUUUAUACAAAACUGUUUAAAAUCAUUUAUUGCAGACUACAUAAUUUAGGAAAAUAGUGUUCUGGGAGGCAAUUUUUCAGAAU